CAAAAUUUGGCAUUUAGUUCUAGUACCGCCAACUGGUGAGAGUGAAAAUGUUAGCCUCUCACUAUAUUACUAAAUAUACGGCAGUCGUAUCUGUAGGCAUGAUGGUGAAGUGGCAAAAUCACAAUCAUCACAGCCUAUCAGUGAUUAGUGAUCAAAACAAAAUUCAAGUCAUCAAGUGGUGGCUGGCUGGUGGCACUGGAAAUGAACUUUGAAUUUUGUAGAUAUCCUUUUUCUGAAUUUGAUAAUUUAUGAAAUAAUUGUUUUCAAUAGUUUUAUUAAUUUUAAAUUAAUUUUUUAUUAGGAUCCUAUUGAGUAAAUAGAAUUUAUUUAUUUUGUUAGGUCAAGAAUGAUCAACACUGGAAAACUUGCUGGCCUCACUGUUUUCAUAACAGGGGCUAGCAGAGGCAUAGGAAAAGCAAUAGCCUUGAAAGUAGCUAAAGAUGGAGCCAAUGUGGUUGUUGCUGCCAAGACUGCAGAACCCCAUCCCAAACUCCCUGGCACUAUAUAUACUGCAUGUGAAGAAAUUGAAAAAGCUGGUGGGAAAGGCCUAGCAUGCAUAGUAGAUGUCAGGGACGAACAAGCUGUGAAAAAAGCCGUGGAAGAGGCUGUUCAAAAGUUCGGCGGCAUUGAUAUCGUGAUCAACAAUGCAUCGGCCAUUUCGCUUACUGGAACUGAAGACACCGAGAUGAAACGAUACGAUCUCAUGCACAGUGUCAACACAAGAGGAACAUUCUUGGUGUCAAAGGUGUGUCUUCCUUACCUGAAGAAAAGCAGCCAUGCUCACAUUUUGAACCUUUCCCCACCUCUUAGCAUGAAGCCAGUGUGGUUCAAAAACCAUGUUGCCUACACGAUGGCCAAAUACGGCAUGUCCAUGUGUGUUCUUGGGAUGCAUGAAGAAUUUCGGCCCUUCAAUAUAGCUGUAAAUGGACUCUGGCCCAGAACAGCGAUCGCAACCGCCGCCGUGGAGAUGCUGCAAGGCGAAUCGGCGACCGAAAUCAGCCGCAAACCGGAAAUAAUGGCCGACUCGGCUUACGCCAUCCUCACGCAAGACCCGAAAAGCUGCACGGGCAACUUUUUCAUCGACGAACACGUCCUCAAGAACGCCGGAGUCACGGACUUGGUGCAGUACGCUUGUAAUCCGGAUAAUCACGAUAAGCUGAUGCCCGAUUUUUUCGUCGAUGAAAAUCUCGAAGAGCUUUCACAAGUAAAUUGGGGAGUAAACAAUGAAACUAGUAAAGGAGCUGAGGGUGCUGGACAAACAGGACAGAUUGUCCAGUUAUUCAAGAAGAUUGAAAGUUCUAUUUCUCCAGAUACUGUGUCCAAAACUCAGGCAAUUUUUGCGUUCAAUGUUACUGGGGAUGAAGCUGGAAAAUGGUUUGUAGAUUUGAAAAACGGAUCGGGCAGCUGUGGCAAAGGAGAACCGACUCAGAAAGCUGAUGCCACUUUGACGAUGGAUAGCAAGAAUUUCUUCAGCAUGUUUUCCGGUAAACUGAAACCGACGACUGCCUACAUGAGUGGCAAACUGAAAAUCGAAGGCAACCUUCAAAAGGCGCUGAAACUAGAGAAAUUGAUGUCCAGUUUGAAAGCUAAGUUAUAAGAAAUAUCAUAUCAUCAUUUUGUGGUUUUAUUCAUUACAUUUUUUAUAAUAUAUUUUAGAUACAAAUAUUUACAAAUACAAACAGUAGACCAUGGAAAAAAUGUGAAAGAUUAAAAGGAAUAAAAAAUUUAUUAAAAUAUUUCUUGUUACAAAAACAAAACAUUUUUAAAAAACGAGUAAAAUUCAUUGUGGUCCUCUUAUAUGAAAAUCCUUGUAGCAAGGCAUCUGUGUCAAGUGAAGAUUUUGUUCAUUACACAAAUGUAAUAAAGCGAAAAAUGCCAAAGGGCAAGAUAACUCUUUCUUUUCCUUUUCUUGGAGAAUGUCUGGUAUACUCAUAAACAUCUUGGAAAAUGUUGUUGGUAUGACUUUGCUCCGUAUGUUUUGCG